CAUUAUUGAAGAUGCAAGAUCGGCCUCAAAUGCAAUUGCUAACUAUGAUUUCAUUUUCAUGAAGUACUAUAUGGUAUAAAAAAAAACUGGGCUAUGAUUCCAACGUAAUAACAGCGACUUUUUGCGCUUUUCCUUUUCAGAUCCACACCAUAUCAUCGUGUUCCAGCUUUUACAGUUUUCUUAUAUCCUCCUCCAAAAGUUUUCUUUCUCUCACUCUCUCUAAAAUACCAUAAAUUUAUAUAUAAUUUCUGGGAAUCAACUUCUCAUUCUUUGGAAUAAUCAAAGCAAUCAAACCACUAAUCUAGGAGGAUAAAGAUUUAGAGACUAGCAUAUCUCACAAGCAUGGGAUCUUUCAAGGGUCAUGCCGUGCCUGGGACUUUGUUCUUGGUGGUUGGAGUCUGGCACAUAUGGAGCGCUGUGGUUCGCUAUGUAUCAAAUCCCAAGUCAUUCCGGGUUCGUGUUUGGAACCCUGUGCCAGAUUUCGAUGGGAAGCUCAAGUACUUGGAGCUUUAUGUGAUAGCUGUUGGUGCCUUUAUUGAUUUGUGUAUUGAGCUUUUGUAUGCGCCUCACCUCAAGUAUUUUGUUAAUGGUGUCCUGAACCCAUCUCACAUGAAUAAUUUUGAGCACUCUGGGAUGCUUAUUAUGUUCCUCAUACUUGGAGUCAUUGGUUUAGUAGCAGAGAAAAUGAGCUUUCUCCCCUUGCCAGAAGGAGCCCUUUGUUUGAUUGCCUCUACAGCGUUCGGUGCAGAGUAUCUCCUGUUUAACUUUCACUCAACAACCCAUAAAGGCCUUGAAGGCUACUACCAUCUAAUCCUUGUUCUCCUAAUUGGGCUCUGCGUUCUGUCCUCAAUUGCUGGAGCCCUAAUCCCUACGAACUUCCCAGUUGAUUUAUGUAAUGGCAUUGCUAUGGCUCUCCAAGGCCUCUGGUUCUAUCAGACAGCCUUCACCCUCUACGGCCCAAUGAUGCCAGAUGGCUGCCGGCUGAAGGAAAGUGAAAUAUUAUGUCGAUCAACAGAGAAAGAGGUCAGAGGGGAGCAGCUUGCUAACGUCCAGCUCUUUGGCUUGGUCCUUGGUGUCCUUGUUAUAGUUGUUGUAUCUUAUGCUUUCGCAGCUUCAAGAUACGGACGUUCUGAUUCAAGAAAAUUGCAAACAGUUCAGGGUGGAUUAGAUUGACGUCCAAAGGGUUUCUAAUGCAUCUGCUGAAGGAUAUCUAUUUUUUGUAGUUGAGACUUGGGAGAGAUUUCUGAAGCUGGCUGAGACAGAAGUCAUGAAACCAGCAGACAAUGAAUUAUUGUAGGAGAAGUAGCUUGCAAUAAAAAAAAAAAAGAGGACAUGCAACUCCUGUGCACAAGGUUUUCCACAGUCGCAAUUGUUACAGUAGAGAGAUCCUUUUCUGCGAUGAAAAUUGUCAAGAAUUGGAUUCGGAUUUGAAGGACGACCAAUAGUUAGAUGAUGAUUUAGUUAUUACUUGUGUACAUUAGAGUAAAAUAAUUUUGAUGCUAUUUCAUGAAAGGAUUUGAAAAUAUGAACAUGGUUGAGAAAGUUUAUAAACCAAUUUUCAAUUAUUAUUUAUCAUUA